AAAUUAACAUUUUACAUCAGAAAAUAUAUAUAAUUUCAACAACAAAAAACAAGAAGGUGCCCAAGUUAUGUGUGACACAUCAGCCUCAUGUUAUUCCAGCUUGUAUAAAUCUAUUAACUUUUCUACACAACUGAACAGUUCUAAACGUGAGGAAUUAUUAAGUAUAUUUUGGGAAGAAUUUGAAGAGUCUCGGAAUCAAUCGAAAAUCCCCACUGUAUUACUUGUGACAACAAUUAUCAUAUUUUUAGGAAUGAUACUGUUCGGUGCUUUCGGCAGCAGUUUAGUUAUCUAUGUUGUCUUGAGAAAACGUUCUAUGCGAACCCGGGGAAAUUUAUUCAUAUUGAAUUUAGCUAUUUCUGAUUUAACGUUAUGCCUUAUCACACAACCAUUCAAUCUAUUACGAUUGUUAACAGGCAAUCGUAAUUGGGCGCUUGGAUUAUUUAUGUGUAAAUUUUCUGCAAUGUUUCAGGGGACUAAUAUAUUUGUAUCGACAAUAAGUAUAACAGCGAUUGCAAUUGAUAGAUUUCAAUGCAUAAUUUAUCCAACAGCGAAUCGUGGAAGUAAUACAACCGCGAUAAAAGUCAAUUAUAUCACAUGGAUUACAGCAUUUAUUCUAGCCAGUCCACUUGUCUACUUUUCACGUAUCACAGAAAUGAAUCACUUACAAUGCACAGAAAAAGCAGACAACCCGACAACACAAAAAUUUAAAUUAUUCUAUUCAUUAGCUGCAUUAAUUAUACAAUAUAUGACACCAUUGGUUAUUGUAACAAUUGUUUAUUAUCGUAUUUGUUUAAGUAUACGUGAUCGUAAAGAGCGCGCAAUUCAAAAAAUCUGCCUCUCACAAAUUAUUCGAGCUAAUAUGGAUCCACAGAAUGAUAAAUACGAGUCCCUAACACAUACAAACGAUAAAAAUAAUAACAAUAAUAAUAUUUCUAGUAGAAACAAUUAUAACGAUAAUAUAUAUGCCCCGAAAAAUACAAGCCCAACAUAUUAUCAAAAAACUAAUAAUAAUGGAUUAGAUAGACAGAAAACACUUCUGUCACCUUCAUCUGUGAACUCAACAUCCGCGUCGCAGAAAGAAGUGAUCGAUCGUCGACAUCGUAAAGCGAUUAUCCUGUCAACUGUUAUUGCAAUUGUAUUCUGUUUAAGUUGGUUACCAAUUAACACCCUGAAUGUGAUUAGCGAUAUGCGUGAACUGGAAAUUGUAACCGCCUACGAUUUGGCCUUCAGAAAUUUAAAAUCUUAUAAAACCAGUCAAAACAUAUCAACGAAUAAUAACAAUAAUAAUAAUGAUAAUACUAAUAGUACAGUGAAGAUUGAAUCGACCGCCAGUAGCGGAGAUUCAAUGUCUCAACAUUCAAUAAGCAUUUUAAAAGCUAUCAGUAAGAUAAAGAGUAUUGAAGCGAACAAUAUUGAUGCUAUCACUGUGAUAAUAACACAAGCUUUAUGUUUAUUGUUAAUCUUGAGUUCUGCUUGUGUUAAUCCAAUCCUUUAUGGUUGGUUAAAUAAAUCCUUUCGAUCAGAAUUCUACCAGGUGUUUCAUAUACACUCAACAAUACUGCCGAAUAUAAAAUCUUCGCAUAAAAACAUCACUCAAGAUAAUAUCACUAGUAAUAGAAAUAAUGAAACUGGGCAUAGACAUCUGGACAGUGAACAAGCAGAGUAUGUCGAACAACUACCAACAAAUUAUCACUAUGUGAAUCCUGUAACUACUACUGAUACAGCAACAAAAAAUGCUAAUAGUAAUCAUAAACAUUUAAUGAAAAAAAUUAUCGAAACAAAAAAAUCAACUGAAAAGCGUUCCUUAUCAUCGACACAAGAUUCGUGUACAGUCUUCUCACUGUUCACAUCACGAUCAGUUGAGUUGAAUUCGGCACAGAUUUCGAGUAAUAGUGGCAGUAAUAACACAACUAAUAAUAAUAAUAACAAUACUACUACUAAUAAUAGUAGUAAUACAAACGGCUCUUAUGAUACUUUAUCACAAACGAUAAGAAACAGUUUCAUAUCAAAAAAUGCAGAAGAUCAUUCAACCGCUUCCAACGAAAUAUCUGUACAGAUGAAUUAUGAACAAGAUCAUAUACAAUCAGCGGGAAAUAAUAGAAAUACUAAUAAUUCGAACAGUACAAACGUGAACACUUCAUUGAAAAGAUGCUUUCUUCUGGAUAAAACUGAAGAUGAGGAUGAAUGCGAUAUUAUUCCUGAAUCGGAUAGUAUCACAGAUCCAACACACCUUAGAUAUCUACCUGAUAUAACAUCUGUUUGAAGUGAAAAAAAAUAUGAAAACCUUCAUAAUAGAUAUAUAUAUUGAUGUUUUCUACGAAAAAUAAUUUUUUUUCCCG